AUGAAUAGGACCUUAGCUACAGUAAAGAAAACUGAAGCAGAAAAAGAAAAAGGUGCGUUAGGUAAAUAUUUGAGUAAAUCAAUAGAUCUGUUUGAAACUGAAAAAUCAGACAAACAAGUUGAGUCAGACGACAGUGAAACAAAUAUUUCUAAAGAAAUUACAUCAGAAGCUAAAUCAAGAGAAGAAAAUUCAAACCCAGCACUAUGUGAUAUUUUAAAGAUAAAAGAUGACCCUGCUACAUGGCCAAAUAAAAUAAAUCAAAAUGUCAGAGAUUAUUUAGUGAACGAAGGACCCCCUAAGAUCACUGUCGAAAAUUUUCCGCAAAAGGAAAAAGGGUUAAAUUUUUCGAAAUUUCACUGUCAAAGAAAAUUAAAAAAUGGGGAAGUUAUAGAACGACCAUGGCUAAUAUAUUCUGAAUCAUUUGGUAAAGUUUACUAUUACUAUUGCAAACUUUUUGACACAAAUUCUGAUUCUGCACUUGCUACUUCUCGAUUUGACAGCUGGUCAAAUAUUUAUACAAUAUUAGAGGAUCAUGAAAAAUCAAAAAAACAGGAAACAAAACGCUGGAAUCAAGUCUUUGAGCGACUUGUUGCUUCUGUACAGUUUUUGGCAGAAAGGAACUUGGCAUUUCGUGGGUCUGAAGAACAAAUUGGAAAUCUACAUAAUGGCAAUUUUCUAGGCGUCAUUGAAUUGCUAGGAAAAUUUGAUCCAGUCAUGCAAGAUCAUAUACAGAAAAUUAUUAACAAAGACAUUCAUGAUCAUCAUUUAGGCAAGACCAUACAAGAUGAAAUUAUUGAUACUAUAGGCCAAGCUGUUCUACAGGAAAUUAUUGCUAGAAUUAAGUCGCCAUCAGGAACAGAUGUCAAUGGUGUUAAGUCUGAUGGCACACACUCAGAUGUCCCAGCAGGAAUUUAUGAACAUUUUAUAAAGUUUAUUAUAGUUGAGAGCAGCACUGGUGAAAAUUUAUUUAACACUCGUGUGAAAGAAAUUGAAAUGCUAGGACUAGAUGUUGAAAACAUCAGAGGACAAGGGUAUGACAAUGGAGCUAAUAUGAAAGGGCACAAUUUUGGAGUGCAAGAACGACUUUUGAAAAGAAAUUCACGAGCUCUCUAUACUCCUUGUGUGUGCCAUAAUUAUAAUCUUGUUCUAGGAGAUAUGGCUAAAACGUGUUCAGAUGUCAUGACAUUUUUUGAAACCCUGCAGCGUAUUUACACCCUUUUUGCUUUAUCAACAAAAAGAUGGACUGUUUUUAAAAAGCAUGUGAAAGGCCUGUCUGUUAAACAAUUACCAGAAACAAGAUGGGAAUGUAGAAUGGAAAGUGUUAAAGCUGUACGAUUUCAGCCCGCAGAAGUGUGUGAUGCUUUAGAAGAACUAGCAAAAAGCACAAAUGCUCAAGGGAAAAGUGAGGCUGAAUCAUUAGUAAGCCAAAUGACAAAUUAUAGGUUUCUGGUUGCACUAUGUUAUUGGCACUCUUUAUUGUUUGAAGUAAAUUUUACUAGCAAGGAACUUCAAAGCAAUACCAUAGACAUUGCCGCGGGGCUGACAUCUUUUGAAAAAUUGUUUGAUUGGUUGAAGACAUACCGAGAGACAGGCUUUGUAGCUGCAUUGAUGCCAAAGAGCUUGCAAAUGAGUUAG